UUGUUUAGAGUUGCUGCUCUGCGUUUGGGAAAAUUUUAUGUUCACAUAUCUCAAAAGCACUGUAGUAGUAGUACCCACAACCAUAUGAACGACGUCAUCCCACCAUCAGGAUGCACUGAGUAUGUACCCAUACAAUUAACUGAUAUUACCCCUGUUCGUGUAUUCGACGUGCACGGAGAGUAUUUAGACACCGAAAUCGACCUUGACACACCCGUACGAGUACUUCAAUUAGCUAUUGAGGACUACUUCAAAGUGAAACCUGAGGUUCAGCUACUUUUGCACAACCGUCGUCCCAUCAAUCCCGACCGCACCCUGCGAGAAAACGGGUGCCUCCUACUGAAGGGUGACCCCUAUGUCCGCCUGGUGUUCUCCAUCAAGCGAGGCCCGGUGCUUAACCUGGUUUGUCACCUGUGUAGCACACAUGAGGUCGUGCCAGUUGCGUGUCCAGAGUCGAACACCGUAUGGGAACUAAAGAAGCUCCUCUGUGAAGAAAUAGCUUAUAGACGGAGGCAUACUGACGGUAGUAAAGAGGGCAGAAAAACGGCAACAGGCAGCCCUAGUGCGCAGCAGGUGCGCUUGCUAUGGCGGUACAUGGAACUGUCUGAUAAGGCCACUUUGCAUUACUAUCGCAUUCCCACGAACUCAGUCCUGUCAGUAAUGCUAAGACGCUCAAAUAGCAUUACAGUAGAGCAACACCCACACCCCAUCGCCGUGCAACCACGAGAAGCUGCACAAAAGGCCACUAUUGUGGUCAACCCUCGUGACUUCAGUGCAAAUCACCAGCCUAAGCCGGUAAGGCUCCCCCCACCAUUGCCGCCAGAGACCUCGUAUUCCCUUUACACAAAUCAUUCACCUCAUCUUGAACACGGUCGGUUGGAGCAGCAGGAACUUGGUGUAACGCCGAUUCCACCUGCCGUGAUACCAGCAGAGGUGGGAGCACGCAUUCAGGAACUAGAAGAAACUGUCAUACGGUUUCAUGGUUACCUUCAACGAGCCCUUACUCUAAUCUGA